CACCAGAGGCGCCCCUGUCGUGACGCUUGUGGCGAGUUGACAGUUAUUUGAAUCAUAGCGUUUGUGGUUUUGCUGUGUUUUGCCGCGAAGUUUCAGUGAUAAAGAAUUGCAAACAACUUUAUGUGCAAAAUUAGUGCAUCAAGUCCAAAUUAUUCAUCAUUUACUUCGUUAGUUUUAGAACGGACGUUUUAUCUACUAAACGUCAGAGACGUCAGUCAAACGUGCGUACAUAACCUCAAAACGUUGUUAUUAUUGUAUUAAUUUUAAGUUAUGGAGGAUUUACAAUUAAAUAUAUCGGUUGCUAAGACAAAUAAGAAGAAACCUGGUGCAGUGCGUAAAGAUGCGUCUGAAUAUAAGUUUGUGUCUAACCCUAAGUUUACUGGUAAAACUAUAGCUAGAAAGAGACCUCGGUUUAUUGCCCAAAAAGGAAAUUAUGUGAAAACAACUGAAGAAGAACCAAAUAAAAAAGUAGCCAAGUUGACACAACCACCAGCUGAAAAAAAUGAUAAUUUGGAAGCCAAUUUAAGGAAUCUUAGUGAAAACAAAGGCAAAUUUCAAGGGAAAAACUAUCAAAAACUCAGUGAUGAUAUUCAGAUAGCACAGAAACCACGAAGUGGUGGUUGGAUAUCAUCUCUAUUCAAAAAUAACCCAGACGUGCCUCGAAUAGGCCAGAGAGCCGUGAAGCCGAUAGUAGAGAAAGUAUUUACAGGCAAAACAUUCUCAGAUUUGAAUAUACAUUCACAUAGUGUGGCAAAUUUGCAACAGAAUUUAAAACUGAAAGAGCUUAUGACAGUGCAGCAGAAUGCUAUUCCAGUCAUAUUGCAGGGCCGAGACAUACUUAUCAGAUCACAAACGGGUUCAGGUAAAACAUUAGCAUAUGCUCUACCAGUUGUUGAAGGGUUGCAGGCAAUAAGGCCUAAAAUAAAUAGGCAUGAUGGCAUCAGAGUGGUUGUGGUGGUGCCUACAAGAGAGUUGGCGGUGCAAACAUAUGAAUUAUUUGUUAAAUUGGUUAAGCCCUUUACAUGGAUUGUGCCGGGUUUGCUUAGUGGAGGGCAAAAAAGGAAAGCAGAGAAAGCUAGACUAAGAAAAGGCCUAAGCAUACUUGUAGGCACACCAGGUCGGAUAAAUGAUCAUUUGAGGCACACACAAUCUUUGAACUUUGCAAAAACUGGUUGUCUGGUUUUAGAUGAAGCAGAUCGUUUAUUAGACAUGGGAUAUGAAAAAGAUGUGGCAGCUAUUGUGAAAAGUAUUGAGGAUCAUAAAAAAGCAGCCACAUAUGAUCCAUUAGCUUUGGUUAAACAAACUAUAAAAAAAAAGAUUCCAGAUGAAGAUGUUAACGAAAAAGAACAAAUUGAUGAUAAAGAAGAAAAAUCUGAGGUGAAACAUCAUUUAACAGAUAUAUUGAUGUCUAAAGAAAGGCAGACAAUUCUUCUAUCAGCUACGCUUACAAAAGCGGUGGAAAAUUUGGCUGGCAUCACAUUAGUGGAUCCAGUUUUCAUUGAUACAUCAGAGGGCAGAGCAGUUGUAGCAGACUCAUUGAAACCACAAAAGGUUGACGAAAACAAAAUUGCAAAUAAAAAGGAAGAUAUUCCUCUUAAUAAAAAUAUAGAAGAUGAUAACACCCAAGUAGGUGAUAAUAAAAAUAAAAAAGAAAAGAAGACCAAAGACGAUAGUGAGUCUGAGGAAGAAGAAGGUGAACGCAGAGGAGGUCUAAAGGAAUUUGGUGGUUUAAAUCGACAUGACUUGUUCCAAACCACAGCUAAGAAGGAAAAUAAAAAAUAUGAAAGUGUUCCGAAAGACACAACAGAAGAAAGUGACAGUGAUUCUGAUUAUGAGUAUUUCAAAGUUCAAAAGGAAUUAGAAGAAAAAAAUACUGCAAAAGAUAUCAAAGAACAGAUUGAUGAUAUAAACCCACAAGAAACUGGAAAUAAAUUUACGGAAGCAGUAAAAUCGGCAAUAAUCGAAGAUGAAUUGGUAAUGCCACAAACGGUGAACCAAACGUUCUUAGUAGUACCAAUGAAACUACGAUUAGUGACACUUUGUUCACUAAUAGUGGAACAUUGUGUUUUAAAUAAGAAAGGCGGGAAAAUGAUCGUUUUCAUGGCAACACUUGAAAUGGUUGACUAUCACGCUGACUUGAUUGAAACAGUAUUGACUGGUAAAAAGAAAAAGAAGAAAGACCAAGAAAAAUCUAAGGCGAAGAAGAGAAAAGCGGAUAGGAUGGGAAAAGAUGAGGAUGGAUCGGAGUCAAGCAGUUCAGAAUUUGAAGUGGAUUACCAUGAGCCGUCUGAAGGAGGGUUGAUACCUGUUGAUUUGGAAAUGUUCAGCCUACACGGGUCGAUGCAACACGAACAAAGGAUAGAAGUUUUUAAACAAUUCCGAGAAGCUAGACACGGUGUUCUUAUUUGCACGGACGUGGCUGCGAGAGGCUUGGACUUGCCACGCGUAGACCUCGUGCUGCAGUACUGUGCUCCGGCCUCCGCGACGGACUACGUGCAUCGGGUGGGGCGGACGGGGCGGGCGGCGCAGGUCGGCGCGGCCGUCUUGAUGUUACUGCCCAGCGAGGCAGAGUUCGUGCGACAUUUAGAACAAAAGCGGAUACGACUGCGGCAAGCGGACGAGUCGAAGUCGUUGGAAGCGCUGCGCAGCGUGGCGCCCGCCGCCGCCAACCGCGCGCGCGCCGCCAUCGCGCUGCAGACGCAGCUCGAGCACACCGCGCACAGCUCCGCCGAGUGGCUCGCCAGGGCCAGUAGAGCAUAUACCUCAUGGGUGCGGUUCUACUCUGGCUACCCCCGCGAGGUCCGGCAAUGGUUGGAUGCGAAGCAGUUGCAUCUCGGACACGCGGCUAAGUCCUUUGCCUUAAGGGACACACCCGCAGCGCUCGCGAGAAGGAGCAAAAGCGAUCCCCAACUGAAGAAAGAGAAGCCAACGAACAGACUUAGUGUACCUGAUGAGGUCGACAAGAAGAGGCCAGGGUUUGGAAAAGUGAAGAUUGGUUUUAACAGUAGAGUCAUGAACAAACAGAGCUCCAUGCACACGGCGAGCGAGUUCGACAGCGGCCUGCCGCCCCUUGAACCCUCCUACAAGAAAAAGAAAAACUAAUGAUAAGGAACAAUAAAAUCUUAAAUUGUAAAUAACAUACGUUUUUAUUGCAUCUGUAAUGAUUAUUUAGAAAUAAAAACAAAUUUACAAAAAAUA